AUGAGCGAACACAUUUCCAGCAAAGCUGCGUUGACUUAUCCAGAAGAACUCCUCUGCGAAGAGCCCGACAUCCCCUCAGACUAUGUCAAGCCAAGAUAUGAAGAGACUCCCUCAUCAUAUCUCGGCCUCCUCACUUCCUGUAGCGCCAUCUACAAGGAAGCACAUAUCCUGCCCUUCACGCUGCCGACCUUAAAGUUCGGCUCAGUUCACGACUUCAUGCGGUUUCAUGCCGGAUUGACCUACGUACAGCGCAGCGCCAUCAAGCGCGUGCGCUUCGAGAUCCAGGGUGCCAACCCUGACAUCGCCCACGUCGACCACCAGGCAUUACGUGGUAGCGAUGGUAGCCCCGCACCUAGACGUGCGGGCAACGCAAAUGAGGUCAAGAAGCACGAUGACCGGAAGAAGCAAAGCGCUUCAAAAAUGGAAAGGCAAGUCACCAAGGCGCAAAAGACUGCCGCUAAGAAGGCGAAGAAGGGCAAAGGUAAAGGAAAGGGAAACUUCAAGGGCGAGGGAAACACCCUUCAAGAGCUGGAUGAAGAGGAGACUGCUAUCGUCCACAAGGGCGCAAAGAGAAGUCAGCGGAGUAUCUCCCUGCUUCUGCCCUGCUUGGAGCAGGUUGAGGUGGUUUACAAGCACUACGGAGCGAAGUGGUAUGGUCUGUCUGAGACUGACCAAUCAGAUGAGAGGAUCAAGCAGUAUGCUGAUGAAGAGUGGAAGACGACGAACAGGGAGCUGUUCGAGAAGUGGCUGGAGGGUGACGCCUCUGAGAAGACAAGGGUAGUGUACUUCCCAUGGGCUUGGGACCGCGAGAGUGCCCCGCUGGAGUCAUUCGCCAGGGAUUAUGACGGGCUCCUGGCGGAGGAUGAUGCGUAG